AUGCUUUUUACCUGCAGUGGUAGCUCAAACGUUCGAAAUCGACGCAUUGUUAUCAUUGGACAGGAAAGGAUACUUCCAAGGCGCUGCUCAGUCGUUAGUGAUCGAAGUGAAUUACCACUGUCUAGUGCAAACAGCCAAGACUCAGCAUUUUGCCUAGAAACAUUUCGGACUGAUGUCAGUAGUCCUAUUAAGGACAGUAACUGUUUCCAAAAUCGCAGCAAUUCACGGAUUAGUUCACGUACUGAAAUUUUGCGACCUGGUCAGUGGACAACCGUUACGCCACACGUGAAGUUUCGAGCACUUACAUUAGUUGAACAACAAGAAGUUUUUAGAGCUCAAAAACACGAAGAGUUCUUUCAAAGACCUAAAUCCGCAACUGUGAUAAAAAUGGAUGAGGGUGCUGACGGAAGUAAUGCUAAACAAAAUACUGAAAUCAUUAGUCGUGUUCCAGACAGUCCCGGAUCUCGUUCCAACUAUGGGGAAUUUUAUUGGUAA